CCCUUUAUUUUUUUAUUUUUCACUUCCGCUUUCACUUUCCCAUCCAAGAGUGAGGAGAUAAGCAUAAGCCCGAUAUUUAGGCAAAUACAGAGCCAGACCAUCCCAUUCCCGUAAUUUUAUCUCUGUAAUUAAGAUACACGACAUUUCCAAUACCACCCCAUAAAUCCACCCUUCCAAUCCCUCCCUCCAGCUUUAAGGUUUCUGCUUACUACUCUGAACAACCACAUACACUUCCAUUGGAAAAUUAUCACAAUUUUGAUAAGAAAAGAAAGAGCUAGGCUUAUAGAUUAGAUAGAGGAAGGGAGGGAGAUGGCGCUGUCGGAUGCAGUGAUAGCGAAUCUAACUACGAUCUACGUGGCAGUGAUCGCGGGGAUUAAGGCGUAUGGGUUGGUGACUGGGCGGAGUUUCAGCGGUGGAUUUGUGUUGAUUUUGUCCACCACUCUAGUGGGUUUAAUCUUGAUUGGUUCGCUCACUUGGGACGUGUCUCGAAAAGUUACUUACGCAAUUUCGCGGGAUCAUAUUCAUGUCCACGAAAUGUGCAAGGGUGGUAUUUGUUGGCACGGCGUGGCGGUUCGGUCUCCGGCUUCCCAGGUUUGCUUCAGGCUUCCUCAGCAUCAGCCACAUAACUACGGUCCAGUGUAAAAACUCAGGUUCAGAAAAAAAAAAAGGGUUUUAAGAACUGUAAGAUAGAUAACCUCUUUUUUGGUUGUUGGUGUUUCAUGUUUAUAGCUGGGGCUGCCUUUACGUUGGAAAGGGCAAGACCCUUGAGGUGUUUGCUUUUUUGUUUGAGAUGAACACUAGUAUGAUGAUGUAUGUAAAUAAGAAAAAGGACUGAUAUUUGUGCAUAAAUGGUGUCACAGGCGUUUGGUUAAUUAUUUA